GGCCCCACCUCGACGGGGCGCGGUCCCAAGGGUGGAGUUCACCGCCUCUACUCUGGAAACUUUAGCCUACAUACUUGGCACUGUCACCACUGCUCUAAUCGCGCUAAGUCGAGCCGCACUUCUCCUCCGGGUCUGCACUUUAUUUGGAAACUGGUUUUUAACCGAACCGUUCACGGAAAGGGCACCGUGCUGGGAAGAUGAUGGCUCCGGAGCCGCUGCGUUCAGCAAUGACUAGUAAGAGCAGGGAGGACACGUCGCUCGCGUUGCCCUCCGACAACAAGCUGCACUCGGGACAGCAGCGCGUGCUGCAUCAAGUGCACACUAUCGAGAGGAGCAAGUCCAAACAGGGGAAGAACGGCUUAAUAUCACCUUCACCAACAAGCCUGUCUCCCAAGACUUUGACAACAUAUGAGUUUGGAACGUUCAAGUUUUCUCCAUCCAAAGCAAAUGGCACCUUCAGUCGUACCAACUCCACUCUGUCAACGGGCUACAACAAAUCGGUAAAUACUCAGAAGAGUCGUACCCUAUCCGCUAAAACCACGAGAGGAAGACAAGUCAGCUCAGGCAUAUGGGAACAGCAAAUCAACACUUCCAGCUGGCCCCAGGGUACCAAUGGGCUGAGAGCUGCUCGCAGUGACCCGGCCUUGGCUCAUCCAUUUUCUGCAACCACUAUGCGAGGCAAAGGGAUGUUGGCUCAGGGCCAGCAAAGCCUUCAGAGUCGGAUAAAUAGAAACAGUACCUAUUCUAUGACCAACGGCACACAGAUGACCAACAGCCAGACACGCAUCGUCCGGCCGCCCUCUGCCCAGUAUCGCAUUGAGGGCAAAAUGGGCACCAUCAAAACAUCCAACAUAGAGCAGCAAUCAGCGGUGAACAGUGCAAUAAACAUGUCAGACAUGACCCUAAAGGAGGCCGUAGAGUUCCUGUCUCACCCUGAAGAGAAUUACCAGCAGUGUGGAGCCACCUUCAUCCACCACACCACCUUCAAAGAGGAGGGCGCCAAACAGGAGGUUUUCCAACUAGGAGGUAUCCCUGCUCUGGUGACCCUGCUGCGGAGCCCCAAUCCUGAGGUGAGCCAGGCUGCUGCUGGGGCUCUGAGGAACCUGGUGUUCAAAGACCAGGACAUCAAGCUGGAGGUUCAGCACUGUGGCGGUAUAGCCAAGGCCCUGCAGCUACUAAAGGAGACAAAUUCUACUGAGACCCAGAAACAAAUCACUGGCCUUCUAUGGAACCUGUCCUCUGCUGAUAAGCUGAAGGCAGAACUUAUAGCUACAGCGCUGCCUGCCCUGACUGAGAAUGUGGUGGUGCCAUUCACCUGCUGGUCAGACAACAGCGCUAACAACAACAUACACCCUGAUGUCUUCAACAGCGCCACAGGGUGCCUGCGGAACCUGAGCUGUGGCCAACAGAAGGAGAGGCAGGCAAUGAGAGAGUGCCGUGGCCUCAUUGACUCCCUCAUGGGUUAUGUCCAGUCCUGUGUGGCGGAGGAAAGCCCUGAUGACAAGUCUGUGGAGAACUGUGCAUGCAUCCUCCAUAACUUGACCUACCAACUGGAGGACGAGUCUCCUGAGUGCUUCAGCAGCUUCCAACCUGAGAGAGAAGACCAACAUGGGAAAAGGAAAAGCCCCACGAUUGGAUGCUUCAGCCCAAAGAGCAGCAAGGCUCAAAAGGAGUUUUCAUUUGACGCGGUGCGGGGAAAGCCAGAGGACAGCAAGCCGUCAGGUGUGAAGUGGUUGUGCCAUCCCAUAGCCAUGCAGACCUACCUGUCUCUGCUGGGCUCGUCCCAGAAUGGUGCCACACUGGAAGCCUGCUGUGGUGCCCUGCAGAACCUCACUGCCGGCAAGGGACUGGGGUCCAGUGCCAUGUGUCAGAUUCUGGUUCAAAAGCAGGGGGCUCUGCUGCACAUGCCCCAUCUUUUAAAGUCUCCUAACCAGAGCCUGCAGAAGACUGCCAUAUCCCUUCUGGGUAACAUGUCUCGGACCAGCAGUUUGCAGACCCCCAUGGCAAAGCAGAUUCUGCCUGAGCUCACCAGCCUCGUCUCCUCUGGCCCCCGAGAGAUGGGAAACUCUGACGAAACUAUAGCAACAGCAUGCAGCACAUUGCGGAGUCUGAUGUUGGCAGACACUGAGGUCAGCAAGAAGUUCGUCAAAAGUGAACUGGUGUCAUCAGUGGCUGACCUCAGCGAGAACAGGUCUUUCCCCAAAGGUAGCAAAGCAGCUUCCUUGCUCCUCUACAGCUUAUGGAACGAUAAGAAUUUGCAAGGCGUAGCGAAAAAGCUGGGGAUGGCCAAAUCACUUUUUGUCAAUGACAACACCACAGCUAUGCACAGGUCGGUGCAAGUUAUCGAGUGAGUGUGACGGACGAGUGGAAAGGCACAACAGAGCCUGAGAGAUGGGAUCCAGCAUGUUUAGACACCAAUAUGACCACACCCUUGCAACGAGGAGAGUAAAAUUACAUUCUUUACAUAAUAACAACAUAUACAACAAAUAAGCCUAUUAAUUAAGAGUCAAUUAUACAUUGUAUAUACUUUAGUGCAAAGAGAGCUUUUAAUUUCAUGAGUAAUCCUGCAGUGUUUCAUAUAUUUAAUUUGAAUAUGUUUCUGUCUGUGAAUAGAAAGUGGUAAAGUAUGCAUGUGCUGAAUCCCAGUUCUUCUGGCCUGACAGCUGCAAUACACCAGGCAAUCUAAUCUGCAGUGAAAGUUACUUAAUGCAUGCAGUGAUUAUUUACAUUCAUGAAUGGCAUUGUUGUCAGAUGUGUCUGCAGUGGCUAAAUGAAAAAAUAUCUUUUGUGGCCUUGAGGAUUGAGCAGCCAAAAAUUAAAGAAAUAAGAAAAAUAUAUGAAAAGCUAAAAAGAAAAAAAAAGACUUUUUUUAUUUUAUAAUACUGCACUACGAGAUCAAAUGUCAUACAUCCAGUUGGAAUUUUUUUUUUUUCACUUUGCUGUGUUUGCUGUUUCAUUCUGUGAGUCAGAAUGUUGUAUUGCAAAAACAUAACAUAAACCACUUUCAACAUAUUUGCCUAAAUAGUUCAAGAAAUAGUUCCACAUUUUGGGAAAUACGCUUGUUCGCUUUCCCACCGAGAGUUAAUGAGAAUAUCGAUACCACUCUCAUGUCUGCACAUUGAAUAUGAAGCUGCAACCAGCAGCUAAGAAACGGCUAGCCUGGCUCUGUCCAAACAAAAUCCACGUACCAGCACCUCUAAAGCUCAACAAUUAACACUUCAUAUGUCGUUUGUUUAAUCCCUAGUGUUAAAACCACACGUAGUGGUUUUACAGGGUUUUGGGACCAGCAAAACAACAAUAUAUCAUUUCUACACUUUGGUUUUUGUGUGGAUUAUACCAACAAGAUAUAAAGUGUUAAAGAAGGAGAAAUAUGUUACCUUUGGACAGAGCCAAACUAGCUGUUUCCAGUCUUUGUGCUAAACUAAGCUGACCAGUUGCUGGCAGUAGCUUCAUAUUAAUCGGACAGAAAUGAGAGCGGUAUUGAUUUGUCACUUACCACUGAGACAACGAGACAAGAAAGUGAAUAAGUCAAAAUAUAGAAGUAUAAGUGCAGUACUAAAAGCCUUGUUUUUUCUCUUGCUUUGUCAUAAACCUGCUUUUUGAACGUUACAAAUUGUAUGCUAUAUAUUGUUUUGUUAGUUUGUUGUUAAUUAUUGUUUGUUUUCUUGCAUAAGCUGAAAAAUUUGAGACAGAGAAGUAUUGGAAUAUAGUACACAACAUGCAAAAUCAGCUGUCCCCAUUCACGUAUUAACAAUGUAUAGAAAAUUGGAGCAUUAUAAAUAGUCAGUGAUUCCCCUGGAAACCCUUUUUAGUCUAAUUUGAACAUUUGUUUAAUAUUAUUAAUUAUACAUGUUUUUAUUUUAAAUAAAUGUGGUUCUUCAUCUAAAACCUUUCAUAGGUAUUUGUAUUAAAAGUUGUAAGGGCUUAUUAAAGAGUAUCUGUUCUCAUAAUCAAACUACUGAAAACCGGUUAAAUCCUCUUCAAAUUCCAGUGCUUUUUGAAGACCCAGCAUUACAAAUCACUGAAGCGAGGAGAUGUUUGGAAUUUGUGGAGAUUCCCCCAUGACUGUAACAAUACACUGCAGUGGACUGUUUUUCUUUUUUUGUUUACGCUUGAGACAUAUAUUCCUGCUGAGGUUCACUUACCUCCAGGAAGACUAAUGUCAGUAUUGCUUAAAAUGUAUUUUUGGAGAAAUGUGUGUGUGACAUUUUAUUAGAAGCUUUUCCUGUCACUCAGUCUGUACAUAGAAUAAAUAACAGAUAUGACGACAACA